GCUGCUAUUACCCAGCCUGAAGUGACUGAGUGCCCACUGUUUACCUGGGUGAGGGGGAACCACAGGCCUGCCCCACCCACACACGUGAAGCCACUGGGGCUGGAGCCAGCUCUUGGACUACAAAAGGCUGCUGGUGACUAGAGUCUCUCCUCAGAGGCUGCCAGUGGGGACAUUUCCCCAUGCUCCAUAGCAUGGGUGUUGGCCGGAGAAAGUUGGCCCCAUUCUGGGUCCUAGCCUUGGCUCUGACCUUCAACCAACACACAGGUCAGGCCCUUGAGGACACUCGGAAAUCUCACCUUGAACACUACUCUGACUUAUCUCAACCUCAAGGGCAUGUUGGUACCCCACUCAAUAGAGUGACCAUCAUCCCACCUCUGAAGACCAUUCCUGUGGUACGAGCCUUCAACCCAGCACAUACCAGGCGGGUGUGCAGCACAUGGGGCAACUUCCACUACAAGACCUUUGAUGGACAGGUCUUCUACUUCCCUGGUCUGUGCAACUAUGUGUUCUCGGAACACUGUGGGGCUGCCUACGAGGACUUCAAUAUCCAGCUACGCCGUGGCCUGGAGUCUAAUUCCACCACUCUGAGCAGGGUCAUCAUGAAGCUUGAUGGCCUAGUUGUUGAGCUGACCAAGAGCUCCGUCUUAGUCAAUAACCACCCGGUCCAGCUGCCCUUCAGCCAGUCUGGGGUCCUCAUUGAGCUCAGCAAUGGCUACCUGAAGGUGGUGGCCAGGCUGGGGCUGGUCUUCAUGUGGAAUGAUGAUGACAGUCUUCUGCUGGAGUUGGACACCAAAUAUGCCAACAAGACUUGUGGUCUCUGUGGAGACUUCAAUGGCAGUCCAGAAUCCAGCGAGUUUCUCUCCCACAAUGUUAGGCUGACACCCCUUGAGUUUGGGAACUUUCAGAAGAUGGACGGCCCCACAGAGCAGUGCCAGGACCCCCUCCCCGUGCCCCAGAAGAACUGCUCCAUCAGAUCUAGCAUCUGUGAAGAGAUCCUGAAAGGUCAGCUGUUCUCAAACUGUGCGGCCCUGGUGGACAUCAGCAGCUACCUGGAGGCUUGCCAGCAGGACCUCUGUCUCCGUGAGAGCUCUGACCCGUCUAACUGCAUCUGCCAUACCCUGGCUGAGUACUCUCGGCAGUGUGCACAUGCCGGAGGACAGCCUCAGAACUGGCGGGGUCCCAACCUCUGCCCUCAGACCUGUCUCCUCAACAUGGAGUACCAGGAAUGUGGCUCACCCUGUGUAGACACCUGCUCCAACCCCCAGCAUUCCCAGGUCUGUGAGGACCACUGUGUUGCUGGCUGCUUCUGUCCUGAGGGUAUGGUGCUUGAUGACAGUAACCAGACGGGCUGUGUCCCUGUGUCCCAGUGUGCUUGCCUGUACAAUGGGACAUUGUAUGCACCGGGUACCAGCUAUUCUACUGACUGCACCAAGUGCACGUGCUCUGGAGGUCAGUGGAGCUGCCAGGAAGUCCCAUGCUCUGGUACCUGCUCAGUAAUGGGAGGCUCCCACAUCUCCACGUUUGAUGAAAGGCAGUACACAGUACAUGGGGACUGCAGCUACGUGCUGUGCAAGCCCUAUGACAGCAAUGCCUUCACUGUGCUGGCUGAGCUGCGGAAGUGUGGAUUGACUGAGAGCGAGACUUGUCUGAAGACUGUGACGUUGAACCUGGGUGGGGGGAAGACGGUGAUCACAGUGAAAGCCACUGGAGAGGUCUUUGUGAACCAGAUCUAUACCCAGCUGCCGGUAUCCACAGCCAACGCUACCUUCUUCCGGCCUUCAACCUUCUUCAUCAUUGGCCAGACCAACCUGGGUUUGCAGCUUGAGAUCCAGCUGCAUCCCAUUAUGCAGGUGUCCGUGCGCAUAGCACCCGAGUUCAGGGGGCUAACCUCCGGGCUCUGUGGUAAUUUCAACAGUAUGCAGGCCGAUGACUUCCAGACCAUCAGUGGGGUUGUGGAGGGCACAGCAGCUGCUUUCUUCAACACCUUCAAGACUCAGGCGGCUUGUCCCAAUGUUAAGAAUAUCUUUGAGGACCCCUGCUCGCUCAGCGUGGAGAAUGAAAAGUAUGCGCAGCACUGGUGUUCUCAGCUGACUGAUGCCAAUGGCCCAUUUUCCCAGUGCCAUGCCACAGUGAACCCCAGCACCUUCUUCUCGAACUGCAUGUUUGACACGUGCAACUGUGAGAAGAGUGAGGACUGCCUGUGUGCCGCCCUGUCCUCCUAUGUGCGUGCCUGUGCUGCCAAAGGCGUGCUGCUCAGUGACUGGAGGGAGGGCAUAUGCGAAAAACCUACAAUUACCUGUCCCAAGUCGAUGACCUAUCAAUACCAUAUCAGCACCUGCCAGCCCACCUGCCGGUCUCUGAGUGAGGAAGAUGUCACCUGCCAUGUCAACUUCAUCCCUGUGGAUGGCUGCACCUGCCCCAAAGGCACCUUCUUGGAUGAUUCGGGCAAAUGUGUACAGGCCACUAGCUGUCCUUGCUAUUACAAGGGAUCCCCAGUUCCCAAUGGCGAGUCUGUGCAUGACAACGGGGCCAUUUGCACCUGCACCCAAGGAGCACUAACUUGUAUUGGAGGUCCUGUCCUGACUCCAGUGUGUGAUGCCCCCAUGAUCUAUUUUGACUGUCGUAAUGCCACACCUGGUGACACUGGAGCUGGAUGUCAGAAGAGCUGUCACACCCUAGAUAUGACCUGCUACAGCUCCGAGUGUGUGCCUGGCUGUGUGUGCCCGAAUGGGCUGGUGGCAGAUGGCAAUGGAAGCUGUGUUGUUGCUGAGGACUGCCCUUGUGUGCACAAUGAGGCCACCUACAGGCCUGGGGAGACCAUCCAAGUGGGCUGCAACAACUGCACCUGUGAGAACAGGAUGUGGCAGUGCACAGACAAGCCUUGCCUGGCCACCUGUGCUGUGUACGGGGAUGGGCACUAUAUCACUUUUGAUGGGCAGCGCUACAGUUUCAGUGGGGACUGCGAGUACACACUGCUGCAGGACAACUGUGGUGGGAACGGCAGCUCCCAGGAUGCCUUUCGUGUUGUCACUGAGAACAUUCCCUGUGGUACUACAGGGACUACGUGCUCAAAGGGAAUCAAGAUCUUCCUGGGGAGCUAUGAGCUGAAAUUGAGUGACAGCAAGAUGGAGGUGGUCCAGAAGGGUGUGGGGCAGGAGCCCCCCUACUUCGUCCAUCAGAUGGGCAACUACCUGGUGGUGGAAACCGACAUUGGCCUGGUGCUUUUGUGGGACAAGAAGACCAGCAUCUUUCUCAGACUCAGCCCUGAGUUCAAGGGCAAGGUCUGUGGCCUGUGUGGGAACUUUGAUGACAAUGCCAUCAAUGACUUCACCACACGCAGCCAGUCUGUGGUUAGUGACAUGCUGGAGUUUGGAAAUAGCUGGAAGUUGUCUCCGUCCUGCCCGGAUGCCUCAGUGUCCAAGGAUCCCUGCACUGCCAACCCUUACCGCAAGUCCUGGGCCCAAAAGCAAUGCAGCAUCAUCAACAGCGCAACCUUCUCUGCCUGCCAUGCUCAUGUGGAACCGGCCAAGUACUAUGAAGCCUGUGUGAAUGACGCCUGUGCCUGUGACUCAGGGGGUGACUGCGAGUGCUUCUGCACUGCUGUGGCUGCCUAUGCCCAGGCCUGCCACGAAGUGGGAGUGUGUGUGUCCUGGAGGACUCCAGACAUCUGUCCACUGUUCUGUGACUACUACAACCCAGAGGGUCAGUGUGAGUGGCACUACCAGCCGUGUGGGGCCCCCUGCAUGCGUACCUGCCAGAACCCUACUGGACAGUGCCUACAAGAUCUCCGUGGCCUGGAAGGCUGCUACCCCAAGUGCCCACCAACAGCCCCCAUCUUUGAUGAGGGCACUAUGCAGUGUGUAUCCAACUGUACAGUCAGCCCCUCACCCUGCCGUGUCAAUGGAAAGUUGUACCGACCAGGUACACCGAUACCUUCAGAUGAAAACUGUUAUUCCUGUGUUUGUACGGAGAGUGGUGUGAACUGUACCCAUGAUGCUGGUGCCUGUGUUUGUACCUACAAUGGGCAACGGUACCAUCCUGGGGACACCAUCUACCACACGACAGAUGGCAUGGGAGGUUGUAUCUCUGCACACUGCAGGGACAAUGGCACCAUUGAGAGGAUCGUUGAUACCUGCAGUUCCACCAGCCCCCCACCCCCCACCACUUUCUCCUUCUCCACAACGCUGGUCAUGACCUCAAUGCAACCCUCCAGCACACAUUCCAGCCCUACCCCGAGCGUAGUGUACCCGGGGUCCCCAAGCAAGGCCGUGUUGACAGCCAGCAGCGUAUCGUCUGUGAAGACCCCUGAAACAACCUCUGUCUUGACUACAUCUACUUCAGCCUCCACCUUAACCAUGCCAGCUUGCCAAGAGGAGUGCCUCUGGUCUCCCUGGAUGGAUAUCAGCCGUCCUGGACGUGGCAUUGACAGUGGUGACUUUGACACUCUGGAGAACCUCCAUGCCCAUGGCUACCAGAUCUGCCCAGUGCCAAAAGCAGUGGAGUGCCGUGCUGAGGAUAACCCUGGGGUGCCUUUCCAUGCACUACAGCAGCAUGUGGAGUGUAGCACAACUGUAGGGCUGAUCUGUUACAACAGUGACCAGGUGUCAGGGCUCUGUGACAACUACCAGAUCAAAAUCCAAUGCUGUACCCCCAUCAACUGUCCAACCUCCACUGGUCCUACCCAGACCACCCAUUUGAUAGUCUCCAGGACAAGUACGAUGGAGGACACAACCUCCUCAGUCCCUGUCACCUCAACUGAGCACACAUAUAGCACAGUUGCCUCAAGUCCUUCUACCCAUACCCCAGGUCCUUCUCCCUCUUCCUCCGUACCUUCUUCAUCAGCUCCAGCUCGAUCGACUCCUACUCCAGUCAGUUCUACCACUGUUAAAACAACUCUGCCCACCACAAGCCCAAUGCCAGAGCCAACUUCAGCCACAUCGUCUGUGUCCAUCUCAACCUUAGGGUCCACCCUAGCCUCCCCUGAGAUAACUCAUGGGUGCAGAAAGGAGCUUUGCAAUUGGACUGAUUGGAUAGAUGGCAGCUACCCUGAGCCUGGCAGAAGCAGUGGUGAUUUUGACACCUUUGUAAACCUGAGAGCCAAAGGGUACAAGUUCUGUGAGAAGCCAUGGAAUGUUGAGUGCAGGGCUCAGUUCUUUCCCAACACACCACUGCAAGAGCUGGGACAGGAUGUGACCUGUAGCCGAGAAGUGGGUUUGAUCUGUUUGAACAAGAACCAGCUGCCACCCAUUUGCUACAACUAUGAGAUCCGGAUAGAAUGCUGCACCAUAGUAAACAUCUGUUCCACAACUUCAGCUACCACACAGCCCACCUCACAUGGAGUCAGCAUAAAAACAAAGACGAACUGGAUCACAAACACAUAUUCCUUUUCCACCGAGAAUACCAGUGGUCACUCAACAGUCAUAAACACCAAGACCUGGGUCACAGGUAGUACACACACAACCCCUCAACCAGGAACAAGGCCGACACCCAGCACAGUGUCCACCCAGGACACCAGCACCAGCUCUGUGCAGACAGACAGCACCACCUCCUCAUCCCACACCAGCUCACCAAAUACAGGAAGAGUCAGCACCACCCACACAACCCACACCAGCUCACCACCUACAGGAGGAACCAGCCCCACCUCCACAACCCACACCAGCUCACCACCUACAGGAGGAACCAGCCCCACCUCCACAACCCACACCAGCUCACCACCUACAGGAGGAACCAGCCCCACCUCCACAACCCACACCAGCUCACCACCUACAGGAGGAACCAGCCCCACCUCCACAACCCACACCAGCUCACCACCUACAGGAGGAACCAGCCCCACCUCCACAACCCACACCAGCUCACCACCUACAGGAGGAACCAGCCCCACUUCCACAACCCACACCAGCUCACCAAAUACAGGAAGAGUCAGCACCACCCACACAACCCACACCAGCUCACCACCUACAGGAGGAACCAGCCCCACUUCCACAACCCACACCAGCUCACCAAAUACAGGAGGAACCAGCCCCACCUCCACAACCCACACCAGCUCACCAAAUACAGGAGGAACCAGCCCCACCUCCACAACCCACACCAGCUCACCACCUACAGGAGGAACCAGCCCCACCUCCACAACCCACACCAGCUCACCAAAUACAGGAGGAACCAGCCCCACCUCCACAACCCACACCAGCUCACCACCUACAGGAGGAACCAGCCCCACUUCCACAACCCACACCAGCUCACCACCUACAGGAGGAACCAGCCCCACUUCCACAACCCACACCAGCUUACCACCUACAGGAGGAACCAGCCCCACCUCCACAACCCACACCAGCUCACCACCUACAGGAGGAACCAGCCCCACCUCCACAACCCACACCAGCUCACCACCCAUAGGAGAAAGCAGCACCAUUUCUACCACGGAUAUCAGAACCAGCUCUACGCAGAUGGCCCACACAACAUUCGUGGGGAAAACCAGCACGAUCUCUGGUCCUGGAACCAGCACCACCUCCAUUCCUACCAGUACCACGGGUUCCAGCUCUCAUUUUGAGGUGACUCGUUCCCCAGUGAUGGCCCACUGCCAGCCACAGUGCAACUGGACCAAGUGGCUUGACACUGACUUCCCAGUUCCUGGUCCACAUGGAGGGGACCUGGAAACCUAUGGCAACAUCAAGAAGAGCGGAGAGAGACUCUGUCCUUGGCCAGAGGAGAUCACACGGUUGGAAUGUAGGGCUAAGGACUACCCUGAGAGAGCGAUGGAGGAUCUGGGUCAGGUGGUGCAGUGUGACCCCAGCGUGGGCCUGGUGUGCAAGAACAGCGACCAGGGACCCACCUUUGGGAUGUGCCUCAACUAUGAGGUGCGACUGCUUUGCUGUCACGUUCCCGAAGACUGCCUCACCACCAAACGUACAACUCUUUCCAGCACCCAAAGUACGACUGUCACCAGCUCAACACCUGGCACUACUUCCAUGCCCCAAACUAUGACAACCAUUGUACAGACAGACAGUACCACCUCCACAUCUCAAACAAGCUCACCCAUUACAGGGAGAGCCAGCACCAUCCACACAACUCAAACCACCUCAACAUCAACAGGAGAAGCCUGGACCAGCUCUGUGCAGAUAGCCAGCACUACCUCCACAACCCACACCAGCUCACCAAAUACAGGAAGAGUCAGCACCACCCACAGAACCCACAGCAGCUCACCACCUACAGGAGGAACCAGCCCCACCCACAGAACUCACACCAGCUCACCACCUACAGGAGGAACCAGCCCCACCUCCACAACCCACAUCAGCUCACCACCUACAGGAGGAACCAGCCCCACCUCCACAACCCACACCAGCUCACCAAAUACAGGAAGGGUCAACACCACCCACACAACCCACACCAGCUCACCACCCAUAGGAGAAAGCAGCACCAUUUCUACCACGGAUAUCAGAACCAGCUCUACGCAGAUGGCCCACACAACAUUCGUGGGGAAAACCAGCACGAUCUCUGGUCCUGGAACCAGCACCACCUCCAUUCCUACCAGCACCACGGGUUCCAGCUCUCAUUUUGAGGUGACUCGUUCCCCAGUGACGGCCCACUGCCAGCCACAGUGCAACUGGACCAAGUGGCUUGACACUGACUUCCCAGUUCCUGGUCCACAUGGAGGGGACCUGGAAACCUAUGGCAACAUCAAGAAGAGCGGAGAGAGACUCUGUCCUUGGCCAGAGGAGAUCACACGGUUGGAAUGCAGGGCUAAGGACUACCCUGAGAGAGCGAUGGAGGAUCUGGGUCAGGUGGUGCAGUGUGACCCCAGCAUGGGCCUGGUGUGCAAGAACAGCGACCAGGGACCCACCUUUGGGAUGUGCCUCAACUAUGAGGUGCGACUGCUUUGCUGUCACGUUCCCGAAGACUGCCUCACCACCAAAUGUACAACUCUUUCCAGCACCCAAAGUACGACUGUCACCAGCUCAACACCUGGCAGUACUUCCAUGCCCCAAACUAUGACAACCAUUGUACAGACAGACAGUACCACCUCCACAUCUCAAACAAGCUCACCCAUUACAGGGAGAGCCAGCACCAUCCACACAACUCAAACCACCUCAACAUCAACAGGAGAAGCCUGGACCAGCUCUGUGCAGAUAGCCAGCACCACCUCCACAACCCACACCAGCUCACCAAAUACAGGAAGAGUCAGCACCACCCACAGAACCCACACCAGCUCACCACCCAUAGGAGGAACCAGCCCCACUCCCACAACCCACACCAGCUCACCACCUACAGGAGGAACCAGCCCCACCUCCACAACCCACACCAGCUCACCACCCAUAGGAGGAACCAGCCCCACUUCCACAACCCACACCAGCUCACCACCUACAGGAGGAACCAGCCCCACCUCCACAACCCACACCAGCUCACCACCUACAGGAGGAACCAGCCCCACCCACAGAACUCACACCAGCUCACCACCUACAGGAGGAACCAGCCCCACCUCCACAACCCACACCAGCUCACCACCUACAGGAGGAACCAGCCCCACCUCCAGAACCCACACCAGCUCACCACCUACAGGAGGAACCAGCCCCACCUCCACAACCCACACCAGCUCACCACCUACAGGAGGAACCAGCCCCACUUCCACAACCCACACCAGCUCACCACCUACAGGAGGAACCAGCCCCACCCACAGAACUCACACCAGCUCACCACCUACAGGAGGAACCAGCCCCACCUCCACAACCCACACCAGCUCACCAAAUACAGGAAGGGUCAACACCACCCACACAACCCACACCAGCUCACCACCCAUAGGAGAAAGCAGCACCAUUUCUACCACGGAUAUCAGAACCAGCUCUACGCAGAUGGCCCACACAACAUUCGUGGGGAAAACCAGCACGAUCUCUGGUCCUGGAACCAGCACCACCUCCAUUCCUACCAGCACCACGGGUUCCAGCUCUCAUUUUGAGGUGACUCGUUCCCCAGUGACGGCCCACUGCCAGCCACAGUGCAACUGGACCAAGUGGCUUGACACUGACUUCCCAGUUCCUGGUCCACAUGGAGGGGACCUGGAAACCUAUGGCAACAUCAAGAAGAGCGGAGAGAGACUCUGUCCUUGGCCAGAGGAGAUCACACGGUUGGAAUGCAGGGCUAAGGACUACCCUGAGAGAGCGAUGGAGGAUCUGGGUCAGGUGGUGCAGUGUGACCCCAGAGUGGGCCUGGUGUGCAAGAACAGCGACCAGGGACCCACCUUUGGGAUGUGCCUCAACUAUGAGGUGCGACUGCUUUGCUGUCACAUUCCUGAAGACUGCCUCAGGACCGACCGGACUCCUGUGACAUCCCACAAGACCUCAUUUCCAGUUGUGUCAUCAUCAUCUGUGUCCACAUCCUCAUCUACCAGUCCUAGAGUUCACUCUACCACCCGUUGUUUCUGCACCAUGUCAGGCCAAUUAUACCCUUUGGGAACCAUCAUCUACAACCAGACAGACCUUGACGGCCACUGUUACUAUGCGAUGUGCAGCCAUGAUUGUCAGGUGGUCAAAGGGGUUAGUCAGGACUGCCCCUCCACCAUGCCACCCCGUACACCAACUCUAUCCACAUCUACCGCCCCACCUGUCACUGAGCGGGAUUGGUGCAAUGUGUUUCCUCCAAGACUGAAAGGGGAGACCUGGCCCAUGCCUAAUUGUUCCCAAGCCACAUGUGAGGGCAACAAUGUUGUCUCUUUGAGCCCACGCCAGUGUCCAGAGGUGAAGGAGCCAUCUUGUGCCAAUGGCUACCCACCUCUGAAGGUGGAUGACCAGGACGGUUGCUGCCAGCACUACCAGUGCCAGUGUGUUUGCAGCGGCUGGGGUGACCCCCACUACAUCACAUUUGACGGCACCUACUACACUUUUCUGGACAAUUGCACAUACGUGCUGGUGCAGCAGAUUGUGCCUGUGUUUGGAGACUUCCGUGUGCUCAUUGACAACUACUACUGUGACCUGGGAGACAGUGUUUCCUGCCCACAGUCCAUCAUUGUCGAGUACCACCAGGACCGUGUGGUGCUGACCCGCAGGCCGGUUCACGGGGUCAUGACCAACCAGAUCAUCUUCAACAACAAGGUCGUGAGUCCUGGCUUCCAGCAGAAUGGCAUUAUCAUCUCCCGUGUGGGUAUCAAGAUGUAUGUCACCAUCCAAGAGAUUGGUGUCCAGGUCAUGUUUUCAGGCCUCAUCUUCUCAGUUGAGGUGCCCUUCAACUUGUUUGCCAACAACACGGAGGGCCAAUGCGGCACUUGUACCAAUGACAAAAAGGAUGAAUGCCGCCUGCCUGGAGGUUCCAUAGCCUCCUCUUGUUCUGAGAUGUCCCUCCACUGGAAGGUGCCCAACCAGCCUUCCUGCCAAGGGCCUCCACCAACACCAACUUCAAUGGUACCCAGGUCUACACCUACUCCGUGCUCACCAUCGCCACUCUGUCAGCUCAUCCUAAGCGACGUCUUCAAGCUCUGCCAUGACAUCAUCCCCCCGCUGCAGUUCUAUGAAGGCUGCUUAUUUGACUACUGCCACAUGUUGGACUUGGAGGUGGUGUGCUCAGGCCUGGAGCUCUAUGCAUCACUAUGUGCAGCCCAAGGCGUGUGCAUCCCCUGGAGAAGCCAUACCAACAACACCUGUCCAUUCACGUGCCCUGAAAACCAAGUAUACCAGCCUUGUGGUCCUUCCAACCCUCACUACUGCUACAGGAAUGAUGAUAUCAGCCUAAGCUUGGCCAUUCAAAAGGCUGGUCCUAAGUCAGAGGGCUGCUUCUGUCCAGAUGACAUGACACUUUUCAGUUCUAACGACUCAAUCUGCGUGCCUUCCUGCCAAUGGUGUCUGGGGCCUCAUGGGGAACCUGUGGAGCCGGGCCACACCAUCAGCAUCAACUGCCAGGACUGCAUCUGUAAGGAGGGCACGCUGACCUGCCAAGAGAAGUUAUGCCCCCAGCCCACCUGUCCAGAACCCGGCUUUGUGCCGGUGUCUGUAGCCCUGGAGGCUGGCCAGUGUUGUUCCCAGUUCAGCUGUGUCUGCAACUCCAGCCACUGCCCUCCUCCUUUGCACUGCCCGGAGAGUUCUAGCCUGAUAGUCACAUAUGAGGAGGGAACUUGCUGCCCAAGCCAGAACUGCAGCAGUCAGAAGGGCUGUGACGUCAACGGGACUCUGUACCAGCCUGGUGACGUGGUCUCCUCCAGCCUAUGUGAAAGAUGCCUGUGUGAAGUUUCCAGCAAUGCCUUUUCCGAUGGCUUUGUAGUCAACUGUGAGAUUGAGCUCUGUAACACCCAAUGUCCUAAGGGCUUUGAGUACCAGACGACUCCAGGGCACUGCUGUGGCCACUGCAUACCGAAGACCUGCCCCUUUAAAAACAGCAAUAACUCCACUUCCCUCUACAAGCCUGGUGAGUUCUGGCCAGAACCUGGGAACCCGUGUGUGACUCAUAAGUGUGAGAAAUUCCAAGAUGUACUCACGGUGGUGACAAUGAAGAUAGAGUGCCCCAAGAUCAACUGUCCACAAGACCAGGCUCAGCUGAGAGAAGACGGAUGCUGCUAUGACUGUCUCGUACCCCAGCAGAAAUGUACAGUGCACCAAAGACAGCAGAUCAUCCGUCAGCAAAACUGCAGCUCUGAGGGCCCAGUGAGCCUCUCCUACUGCCAGGGCAAUUGUGGGGACAGCACCUCCAUGUACUCUCUGGAGGCCAACACGGUGGAACACACGUGUGAGUGUUGCCAGGAGCUGCAGACCUCGCAGAGGAGUGUGACUCUGCACUGUGAUGACGGCUCCAGUCGGACCUUCAGCUACACCCAGGUUGAGAAGUGUGGCUGCCUGGGCCAGCGGUGCCAUGCUCCAGGUGACACAAGCCACUCAGAGUCCUCAGAACAAGAGUUCAAGUCCAAGGAAAGUGAGGAACCUGGCCAGCAGUCAGCAUCCAGGGUCAGCGAGGACACCCUUGGGCCUUUCCAGUAAACCAAGCAGCACUGCCGUCCCAACCAAGAAGUCCUCCUGAGGCCAGCAGGACGUGUACUUUAGUCCAAGUGGCUUGAAUUCUACCUACCUGCUGCUUCCUCUUCAAGAGGGACCCCGGAUGUUCUUGGAGGUGGGAGAGGCCCCUCUCCACUGAUUAGGAGCGUGAUGGCCACGGGCUCCUUUUGAAAGAACUUCAUUAUCACCAAAGGGUCCCAGGAGUGACAGUCACUUGGAUGCAGGUAUCAGCCUCGCUCUCACCUCAGCCCUGCUCCUGUGUCCCCCAUCCCCAGGAAAUGACCAAUAUGUUUUAUAAAUAUACUCAAGAGCAUUUGUGGA